AUGCCCCGAGUUGCAAAGAGCGUUGGUCUGGAGUUGACAUCUACUGGUGAAACUUCAUUCGUAGCCGUCGAAUCUCCUCUGAAAGAGAAGGUGUGCGGCUGGAGGUGGGACCCAGCAGCUAAAGAGAGCACUCUACACCCUUCGACCUCACUUUUCGAUUACGAGCAGAUGACGGCAAUGGAAGGCCUCUUCAUGUUGCCCGCGGGAGACCACCGCUCGGUGUGCUCGGAGAUUAUCGACACAAAGAACUCGGCCAUGGCCAUCGACCUCCGGUCGGCUUGGUUCUCCGGCGGCCCCAGCAGCGAUCUCGACGCGAAGCCGACGUCUCUGCUCGCCGACUGGAACGCAUAUGCCGCCUCUUCCCACGCCGACGACGGAGAUCCCUCCGCCUUCGAUCUCGAAGCUGCUGUAAGGACCGCCAACGACAAAGUUACAUCCACCUUCAGCAUAGUUUCGAAAGGAGUGAGAGAGUUACCUGGGAGCUUCAACUCUGCCACAAGCAAUGUUCCUUCAGGAAAGUCUCUAAUGUACUUUGGGUUCUUCCUUGCUGCUGGCGUCUUUUUCAUCUUCAUUGCUUUCACCAUUUUCCUACCUGUAAUGGUGCUCAAACCCCAGAAGUUUGCAAUCUGCUUCACUAUUGGGUGUACCUUUAUAGUCGGUUCAUUUUUUGCCCUCAAGGGCCCAAAAAGUCAGCUCAGUCACAUGUUAUCAAAAGAGAGACUACCUUUUACGUUGGGAUUUCUUGGAAGCAUGGCGGGCACAAUUUAUGUAUCCAUGGUUCUCCACAGCUACAUUCUUUCUGUUCUUUUCUCUGUGUUGCAGGUCCUUGCACUGUCGUACUAUUGCAUCUCGUACUUUCCCGGAGGAUCGGCUGGGCUGAAAUUCCUCUCAUCGACCUUGGCUUCUUCUGUGCUCAGAUGUUUUGGACGAUGACCCAAACUGAGUUUCAAUGGAAUAUGCCUUUUCACUUCAUGAUAAAGGAAAAUUUAGGCCAGCCUGCAUUGUGUUUUAGCCCAGGGCAGUGACAUUUGUCGAGUUGUCAGGAUGUCAGCAUUUGGUAUUUUAGAUCUCUGAGUCUGUUUUCACCUAACAACUGUCUUGAAUGAAAAUUUUCCGCCAUGAAUGAAAUUAUUCUGAUAUUGCUCGUCAAUCCGUGUGUCACCUAUCAUCAACCUUGUGU